GACUUAAUGGGCUGGUCCAGCGCGGAAAAGACAGCAAGCAAUAUGACUAAAAAGAAGCGGGAGAAUCUUGGUGUCGCUCAGGAGAUUGACGGGCUAGAGGAAAAGCUGUCCCGGUGUCGGAAGGACCUGGAGGCCGUGACCUCCCAGCUUUACAGGGCAGAGCUCAGUCCUGAGGACAGGAGGUCUCUGGAGAAGGAGAAACACACCCUCAUGAACAAAGCCUCCAAGUAUGAGAAAGAGCUAAAGCUGCUUCGACAUGAGAACCGGAAGAACACGCUCCUCUCGGUGGCCAUCUUCACUGUCUUCGCCCUGCUCUAUGCUUACUGGACUAUCCGAUACACCUCCUUCACCCUGUGAGCAGAGCAGAUGACAGCUUCGUGGGAUAUGCUCGUGAAAGGCAUGAUAAGGAGGGCUACACCUGCCCUUGUCCUCAGACCCUCCCUGCAACCAGCAGCCCACAAAAAUGAGGCUGCUGAGCCAGUGGCAUUACUAUCAUACAGCCUGCCUAGGUUGCAGAACUACCACAUAGGCCCCUGGGACUGCACCAGUAGCUGGGAUUCAGCAGGAAGUCCUGAAGACAGGGGGGUUAAAAGAGGAAAAAUAUUUCAGGCCAUUUCUCUAACCAUACCCUUAUCCUUGAGUAACCUUUCCUCAUACUACAGGCCACAAGUCCUGGCUACAUCUACGUUGAUGUUAGGUCUUCCCACAGCUUAAUUAAAUAGCCCUGGUAGUCCUAUUCUUGUAGGCACAGACCUUAUACAGGGAAUAGGGCUCUAGUCUGAAGCCCAGCCCUCCACAUCUGGGGGUACCAAACCUGCCUUGGGAACUGCUCCUGAGUAAGCUGCCUGUUGAAACCAGCAGGCAGGACAUCAUACAACACAGAUUAAGCUCACUUUGAGACUGUUCUGCAUCCUCAAUGCUGGGUUCAAUUCUAAGUUUAUUGAUUAGUAUUACCAACACUUCUGUGCUAAUGUAGGAAUAAGCACUGUACCUUCCAGUGCUGUAACAGCCUCUGUUAGAAGGUAGCCUGCUCCACUUACCCUCCCUCCUCCUGCCUGGAACUUUCAUCUUAAUGCUUACUGUUGACAGGGCCCUCUUUAUCCUCAAGCACCAAGUUUCAUAGUCAAAUCCCCAUUCCAUGCAGUCAGCUAAGGAUGUUCAAAUGUGAAUGGGUAACUCACAGGGCAGACACGUGCAUCUCAAAUGAGGAAAUCUUAACCCAUCCUGCCACAGAGGAGAAGCAAGCAACAGAAAGCCCCAAGCCCACGGGCUCUGGGAGGAGAACGACAUACUCACCUGAUAGGAUUCAUGUCUGGCCGGCUGGGCUUAGAGACUGCUUUCACAAAUUUCUCAGCAAGCUGAAUUCUAUAAUCCAAACAUAAUCCUUAGAGGCAAGGCAGGGACCUUACCUGUGCUAAGGCAUUUCCACCAGACAGGUGAGAGGACCCAGACCUACACAAACCAUCCAAAUGGCAGCAUUCAUGCCCCCAGAGCCCAAUCUAUCCUCUGGAUUCUGACCUCUGAUUUUCCUAAGAUGUCCUUCUGCUGUGUUCAGUCAUCUCCAUGAGGACUUCAAGUGUUGUUACAGUACACACAUGCUCUGUCACUCUAGCCCAGGAACCCUAAACUGAGACUGCCCACACUCUGGCCAUGAUUUUUAGAAGAAACCCUCCCUCUUCAAACAAGAUUACCCUUGUUCAAUCUUUACACAAAAAUGACCUCAAUAAUCUAAGCAACUGUGGCAUGAUGCAAUGUGCUAGAAUUAAGGCCUAACUGGUCUUUCCUCCUGCCUUUGGGCCCAGCCUGUAGUGGACAUGAGUAGUCCUGCCCUCCCUGCCCUAGGGCCCCGGCACACCGCUGGUUGAAGUGCUGCUCACGGACGUCACUGCCAUUCAGCACCAGGACAUCAAGGAUGUGGAUUGCACUGAUCUUCCGCUGGGCCUUCCCCUACAACGACAAGCAUGCUGUCUGCUGUGCAGGUGCAGGCCUUUGGCCUACUCUGCCUACCCUGUGUGCCAUGCUGGUGUUCAACCACCCAUAACUAAGCUGGGGGAAGGCUGCAUCUAGCCUCCCUGCCCACUGGUCCUGAGCAGAGGCUAGCUUGGGCUUAAGAGCAGGCUUUAGGGAUGGGAGCCCUCAUGAACCUCAAAUCCAGGGAGACUGCUGCCAUGAUUGCUCUAACCAGAGCUAGCUUCCCACUGUGGCCUGUUUACACAGAGUGUUCUGAAUGUCACACCUACCCUGUAAUAAGUCAAAGCUCCCCCAAAAUGGCAGGUCUCUUCUUUCCUAAGGGAUUCUUGGUUAUGAACUAAAUCGACUACUAAACACCUAGUAGAAUCCAAGGACUGAAGACAGAUUUUCUGAGUCUGCCCCUUCCCAGUACCUCCCACAGUACAAGGCCUUAGAGGGAAUUAUUCUACCACAACAUGGAACCAAACUCAGGUGAAAGGCUAGUCUUCACAGGGCCCCAUCCUCCUGCCUCAGGGCCGUCUGUGAACAGAAACCCUGCUGACCUCCCCUUUCAGUUCAUGCACAAUCUCCACACAGAGCAGUGUGUCCCGGGGCAGCUCUGUCUUUAGGUCCAGCUUCACCCAACGGUCUGACUGGCGGCCAUCCCAAGUGUAGAUCUGGGACUUCUGCAGGCAGAGAGAGGGAGGUUAUGGAGACUAAGGAAUGAAAGGCUUUGUUCUCAAAGGAGCUUUCUUGGCAGCUCCAAGCAGACAAAGACUGGCUAAUUUCAUGAGCAAAUGUCUAGGGGAGAUGAGUCUUAUGACACUUCUCAACUUCCACCCAGCAAAAGACCUUCAUCAAGUUCAAUAUCCACGUGGAGGUUAGUAUGAUAGGAAGAAGAGAAAGCAAAAGGAGAACAAGACGAAGCGUGGAUACAAAGAAGUGACUGGGGAGAAGUCAAGUCCAGGAUGCAGGGUAGGAGAGCACAGAGGCUGCCUAGCCAAGGAAGAUGUGAAGCUAACAGGCUCAUCAUCCCUCCUUCCAUUAGCCCCCAAUGGCCCAGAAGAGGAAAAGAGGUGUCUUCCUGACAGUCAAUGAAUGGCAGGGGUGGGAUUGCAGAGACCUGGCCACCCAGGAUCAGCCAGAUGACCUACUUACUGGCUCUGCAUCUCAAGAAAAGCAACAGCCUUCCCUUCAGCCAGGCAAGAUUAGGCAGUGGGAAAGAAACCAACAAAUGAAGAAACAAAAGCAUGAGUUGGUGCUAAGUCUGGGCAAGAAGGGAAGUAAAGUUUCGAGGAAGACCUCUUUGAUGCCAAUGGAACGAACACAUACAGUGUGGCCAGAAGCUGUCUACAUCUAUACACAAAGGGCACUGCCACCACCCCAAGCCAACAGGAGGCCAGCUGCUUGCUGACUUACCCCCAAGCCCAGGAGGAAUUUCUGCUCGCUGCCAGACACCAUGCAACGAUACUCCAACACAGGACGGAUCUUCUCCAGAGUUUUGGCAGUGAGCAGUGUGGGCUUGUAGCUGAAGAUAUUGAUGUCAGUGUCCUGCGGCAUGGAUCAGAGAAAGCGCGGCUGGGCCAGGCUGGCAGAGGUGAAGCACAGGAGUCAUCUGCUCUCAGAAGCAGGCUCCCCUGCAUCCUCUUCUCUACCUAACUCAUCGCUGAAUAGUAUCUAUUGCCAUCCAUUUCAAGUAUUCCUUUAGGACCUACUAGGAGAAACUAAGAAAGGAAGAACACAGAAUCCAAAGCACAAUGGAUUUACCAGGGAAUGUCACUAGAAUAGGAAGCCACACUCUCAGUGACACCAAACGUGAGGAUUGUCCAGCAGUCGGCCUGAGAGCAGGGGAAUGAUCUCUCUACCCCAUUCAGAAAAGUCUUGAACCUCAUUCUUUAGUCUUUGACCCUCACAAAACCAAUACAAUGCCCACAACUAAGCCAGCCUCAAGCGAUGCCCUAGAAAAUGCUGGAGGCUAAUAGCAGAAAAACUCAAGAUUAGCUCACCAAAAACAGGAUGGAGAAGAUGGUUCAGGCUAGCCCAAUGUGGCUCCUUUACAGUUCUCCUGCCUCAGAUCAUCCCACUAUCCCUAUCUUCCCCUACAAAUCCCUUAUGACCCUACAUUUUAAGAACAGGUAACAAAUUCAAAGCCUCGUUUUACAAUACACUUAGAGCUCUCUGAAAACAUAGUUUAAAGAUAUGGGAUUAUACAGAUCUUAGUAAAUAAGAUAGAUUGACUAAAAUAACUUUUUCCUAAUUAUAGUGUGAUGAUGAAAGGAUAUAAAUAAGAGGAGUUAGCCAUUAGUAUUUGCUAUUCAUAAAAAGAGCAGUUUUCUGUUUGUCUGGAGCACUUUAAAACUGCAAAUGCCGAAAGCCUAAAAUCAAGCUGCCAUAUAAUUAACAUGUUUGUUUUGGAGGAGACAGUCUUUAGAUUCUUUAAAUUGGAGCAACAGUAGUGAUAAUAAGAAUAAAAUCUAGAGCUGGGUGUGGUGGCGCACGCCUUUAAUCCCAGCACUCGGGAGGCAGAGGCAGGCAGAUUUCUGAGUUCGAGGCCAGCCUGGUCUACAGAGUGAGUUCCAGGACAGCCAGGGCUACACAGAGAAACCCUGUCUCAAAAAAACAAAACAAAAAAAAAGAAUAAAAUCUAUUCUAUUUGUA